ACUCGAGGGAUGAUCCAAAUUAAAGAAGAACCUCGAGAGGAAUCUUCGGACGAACAUCCGAUCAUUGAAGUGAAGACAGAGCCUUACAACACUGCAAUUUUGGACCAGGAGCAAAAGAAAGCAGCGAUGGACUUCACAUCAAGGACGAGUUCAGAGGCACCUGCGAUCACGCAUCUUCAGGUCUCUCCUCUUCAAGUGCACAGUUCGAGAUCGGCACAACAAGAGUUGAACCACAGUGCCAAAACGAUGCAUUAGUCACCACUGACGGUCGACCCACAGAGCAAUCUUCAGACCAGAGCGAGACUCAAGUGGCAAGCAAGUCAUCGACGUUCGGACAUGAGAAAGACAGGCUUUAUAAGUCCAACAUUUGUUUAGACGCAUGCAUCGACACUGGCCACUUGGAGGUUCAUGCCAAAACUCACAAAACAAAGACACUUACCUGCGACAAGUGUUCAGUGACAUUCCGUCAUGCAUCAACUCUGCGAGUGCACGCAAGACAUUGCACGGGACUAGGCUCGCAGAAGUCGAACGUAAGUGCACCUGCAUGCGCAUCGAGCGCACACGAGUGCAAUCUCAGCCCUGCAGAGUCCAGCCACAGUAUGUGCCUGCAGCGUCCCAAGCGCACGCUCGUGGGCAAGAAGAGCUUCAGGUGUGAUCUCUGUGGUUUUGAGUUCAACAAGAGGUACAAGCUGCGCAAUCACAAGAAAGCACACAUGAGUGAGGGGCUAUACCAGUGCACCUUCUGUCCUGCACAGUUCAGGCGAAGCGCGAUGCUGAAGUAUCACAAGCAAAAACAUACAGGCGAGAAGGCCUAUAAGUGUGACCUCUGUCCUGCAGAAUUCAGUCAUAGCUCUAGCCUGUUGCGCCACAAGCGGACACACACAGGCGAGAAGCCCCAUAAGUGCGAUCUCUGUCCUGCAGAGUUCCACAAGAGGUGCGACUUGCAGCGUCACAGGAGAACACACACGGGAGAGAAGCCAUACAAGUGUGACGUCUGCCCUGCGGAGUUCAGCUGUAGCUCGAUGCUGUUGCGCCACAAGUGGACGCACACGGGCGAGAAGCCCCAUAAGUGCGAUCUCUGUCCUGCAGAGUUCCACAAGAGGUGUGACUUGCAGCGUCACAGGAGAACACACACGGGAGAGAAACCAUACAAGUGUGACGUCUGCCCUGCGGAGUUCAGCUGUAGCUCGAUGCUGUUGCGCCACAAGUGGACGCACAUGGGCGAGAAGCCCCAUAAGUGUGAUCUCUGUCCUGCAGAGUUCCACAAGAGGUACGACUUGCAGCGUCACAGGAGAACACACACGGGAGAGAAACCAUACAAGUGUGACGUCUGCCCUGCGGAGUUCAGCCGUAGCUCGGCGCUGUUGCGCCACAAGUUGACGCACAUGGGCGAGAAGCCCCAUAAGUGUGAUCUCUGUCCUGCAGAGUUCAGCGAGAGGGCGGGCCUGCGGUCUCACAAGAAAGCACACAUGAGUGAGGGGCUAUACAAAUGCACCUUCUGUCCUGCACAGUUCAGGCAAAGCACGACGCUGAAGUGUCACAAGCAAAACAUACAGGCGAGAAGGCCUAUAAGUGCGACCUCUGUCCUGCAGAAUUCAGUCAUAGCUCUAGCCUGUAUGUCCACAAGCGGACACACACGGGCGAGAAGCCCCAUAAGAGCGAUCUCUGUCCUGCAGAGUUCAACAAAAGGUACGACUUACAACGUCACAAGAGAACACACACGGAGAGAAACCAUGCAAGUGUGACCUCUGCCCUGCGGAGUUCAGCGACAGCUCGAUGCUGUUGCGCCACAAGUGGACGCACAUGGGCGACAAGCCCCAUAAGUGUGAUCUCUGUCCUGCAGAGUUCAGCGAGAGGGCGGGCCUGCGCUCUCACAGGCGAACACACACGGGAGAGAAGCCAUACAAGUGCAAUGUCUGCCCAUUGGAGUUCAGCCACAUGAAGAGUCUGUCAUAUCACAUGCGAAAACACACAGGCGAGAAGCCCUGUAACCCUGUAUCCACACGAGUCAGUUUUCUGCCGGCAGCAAGUCGGGAAGGAGUGAGAGGAUAUCCGAGAUAAACGUGAUCACUAUGCGUCUGAAGACGCCCGCUCAUUCUCUAGCAUUCGCAAGAGUCAUUUUCCCGGCGGCUGUCAGUUUUCCGAUCCCUUCUGUAUUCGCGCUUGCAUAUCGUCUGUGUCUAGCGUAGGAUGGACCAAUGAAAGAAAAAACUUAUUGCGCUUGGGCUCCUUGUGGAUGAUUCAGAGUGCAUUCACGUGAGAAACGGGACAGGAUAUGGGCCAAAGGAUAGAUUCCGAAGAAGCGCUACGGAAUGUAAAACAGCGUUAACGCAAAUCUCCAUGUGGACGACCCAAACGCCUGUUGGAGUAUUUUGAGAAUAGACGCUGUCACAUUCGGUUUUAUUUUCCACUAAUGAAGCGUAUCUCGAUGCUGAGCAUCAAUAUAGGCGCUACAGCGUGCCGACAAGUGAUGGAUUGGCGAUGAAGCUGUGGUGUCGAACUACAGGUAGUCAAUAAUUAAUUAAAUUAAAUCAGAUCAACUUUUCUUUUCCUUUCGGUAGGACGAGUAGCUUCCAAUUAUUAUGUUUUUAUACAUGUAUUGGAAACGUGCAUGCAAACGAUUAUGUGUAGUCAACAUCUGUCCAGCGAAAGAAAUAUCCACGUUUAUAAAAUUCA